AAAGAAGGACGACCGCGGUACGCGUAAUCGAUAAUUUUACAUUUUAUUUAUCCCCUCGAUAUCCCCCUUUUCCUUUCUUUCCCAGAAAUUGAUUUCGUGCCACCGCCGGGCGAGGAGGACAAGUACAUCAUGACCAAGAAAUUGGUGGAAAAAGUGCGAAAAACGCCGAUACUUCACAUGUUCUGCGGCGAGGUGGACGGCAGCAGGCCGGAGUUGCAGGAGGUAACUCUGUUCUACUUCAUGAGGACGACCCACGACGGUAUACCGAAUUUCGAUUCUUACUCUGAAUGCGACGAGCAAAUGACGCAUUACCUGAUAGUCGGAUCCCUUAAUGGAAAGUUCUUGAUCUCGAUGCACAGAAUGGUCACCCAGGUGUUCAGACCGUUGAUCAAUUCUCAGUUCAGAGGGUCGGAACUCGUGGACAUAUACGAGGAAAAGGAAGAGGUUGAGGAAUCGAGUUUCACGGACAUAGUGGCGGCACGAAGCGCACAGUUCAGGAAGCCGUCGGAAUUUCGAAGGAUGUCGAUAGCGUUGGCGAGGAUAGCGGAGGUGGAGGAGGAAGACGAGGAGGAGGAGUUCGUUUUGCGUCGCUCAACGGCGGUGAGGCGGAGGUUUCCCAAGCCUGAAGUGAGUUUCGAAGAGGAGGAGGAGAAGGAAGUGACCAAGGUGUCGCACAUGAAGGAGAUACGUAUAUCGUUGCAUCAGAAUAAGAACGACUUUUUGUCGUUUCUGGAUAAAUUGACGGCUAGCGUGGAAUGGACGUUGGAGCACAUCGAAGGCGAUAUAUUGCUCACGAUGCCCAAUAUACCCGAACUCGACGAUCCCAACGUUACCGACGAAAUGUUGGAAAAGAACAAAGAGAUAAUCAUGCAACUGGAGGACGUGAUCAUGUUGUGGGGCGUGCAUAUAGAAAAGGUGGUGGAAACGUUUCAAAUGAAAGUGCCGGUCGGUAAAGGGCCGAUAGCCGAGAGCGACUAUUGGAAGGAUCGGGAGAUAGGAUUGUUAAUGUUGGUGGAACAAUUGAAAACGCCUAUGGCGAAAAGGAUAUUGAACGUGUUGAAUAAAAUCAAGUCGACGAUCGCAUCCAACUUUCAAUUUUUCUAUUCGGACCUGUGGAAAACGUACACCGAAGCAAGGGACAACAAUCGGUUCUUGUCCACCAUUUUGAGACAUUUCAAGUUGAUGACGGAGUCGAGUUGCUUCGAAUCGAUCAUGCAAUCCAUCCCCCCCCUGAUGGAAGGGAUAAGAAUGAUCUGGGUGUUGUCCCCGUAUUACUGCGUGGAGGAGAGGAUGGUCAGCCUGAUGGAGAGGAUCUCGUGGCAGUUGUCCCAGAACGUGAUCAAGAAUUUGUCGAUCAACAUGCUGUUCAGGCACUCGUUGGAAACGAUUCUGGAGAAGACGGAGACCGCCUGCACGAUGCUGAGGAGCUGGAAGCAGGCUUACUUGAAGAGCCGCGAGGACAUCGAGAUAUCCGGGAAGGGGAAGCGGUGGGAGUUCGACCAGAAACGGUUGUUCCAGGGGACCGAGUACAUAGCCUCGGUCUGCAACGGUUUGAACCAGAUCGCCAACGUUCUCCAAGACUUCCACAACAUUUUCGGCCCCCACCUGAAGUCGAUCAUCAGCGAUCCAGCCCAGAUCGACACGGUGAUAAAGAGGGUGGACAGGCUGGUGUUGCCUAUACUGAACGCCGAUUACAACAUAUUCGACGAGUUCAACAAGGAGAACUGGGAGGCGACCCUGUCCCUGUUCUUCGAGGAGGUCCACUUCCUCGAGAACGAGGCGAAAUUCUUCCUGGACGAGUGCUUCCACGUGUUGAUAAGCGCGGAGUCGGCCCUCGAGGUGUUGAUGAAGUUCAAGGACGUGAAGACGAGGGCCAGCAUCCACCAACAAUUGAUGAAGAAGUUCGACGUCGUGAUGCAGCAGUUCAGCAAGGAGGUCAGCACCGUCGAGGGGAUAUUCAACAGAGGGAAGCGAAGCCCUCCCCUGUUGAGGAACCAUCCCCCGAUGGCGGGCGCCAUAUACUGGGUCAGGCAGCUGUUCCACCGCCUCAGGAAGCCCGUGCUCACUAUUCAGAACGUGGCCGAACUCAAGUACAGCCACCUGAAGAUCCUAGCCUUCAACCAGUACUACGACCUCUCCAAACAAUUGAAGUCGUACGAGGAGUCCAAGUUCCAACAGUGGAUGGACAAAGCUCAAAUGAUCGUGAUAAACACCAUGAGAAGGAACAUCCUGAUGAUGAUGCGCUCCGACCCUGACAAAGGUCUGCUACCCUUCCCGAUCACCGAGAAACCGGUGACGAAGAACAUCCAAUCGGGCAAUCCGAGGGCGAAGAGCAGGGAGUUCCUUUCGCCCGGCUCGACCCCCCAGGAAUCGGUUCAAAAGGGCGACUACGAGAUGUCGAAGCCGAGCAUCGAGACCGGCAGUUCGGGGAUCACGAGGCUAAGGGAUGGGCAGAGGGGGGGAGGAGGGUUUUCGAGCCACAGGGACCAAAAGUCGGGCACCUCGUCGGAGAAGGGAGGAGGCGGCCACCAUCAAAUAGCCAAGAUCACUUGGACGGAAUUUAUGAGCGGCUCGAUUCUCAUCGAGUGCCAGCUCCGCUUCCAAGUGAACUUCGAUUGGAACUUGUUCGAGAUCAUUCACGAGGCCGAGUUGAUGGAGCAAUUGGGCUUCGAGCUCUCCCCCAUAGUGAAAGAUGCCAGUAUACAGAAAAAUCGGCUGAGGCACGACCUCGAUGUGAUGCAGAAAUUGAUCGACCAGUACAACUCGAUGCUCGAGAAAAUGGAUAAAGCGGACAUAGAAUUAUUGAAGAACACCCUGUUGGACAUCGAGAAGCACAUACAACCCGGAGUGAUGCGUAUAAAUUGGAACUCUUUGAACAUAUCCGAUUACGCCCACGAGUGCGAGAAAUUGUUGAAAAAUUUGAACUCGUUGGUCGAGCAGUUGAAUCACAUAAAGAACGAUCUGGACAACAGGAUAUUCAACGGUUUACAGAAUUACGACCUCUUCUCCCUCCCCAUCAAAUAUUACGACGACGAGAACCAGCUGAUAAUGUUGCUACCCUGCAAGGUGUUCUUUCAAGAAAUACAGGCAAAGAGAACCGAACUGGCCACAGCGAUGUCCGUGAUAUAUCGAUCGACCAGUCCCAUUCUUAUCAAAUUGGAAAGUCUUAUAUUCGGCACGUACACCGGGAAAUGUGCCGCCAUGCAAUUGUAUUACGAGAAGUACGAGAAGAAGAUAUUCUCCGCUUUCAUAACAUGCAUAACCAAGAAUCUCGAGUACUUCAACAAAAAGUUGACGGACAUGAAACCGAUGUUUCAAGUGGACGCUGUCCUGAUAGCCUCGGAGGUGGUGCUGAGACCGUCCCCGACCGAGAUCUACAACAUAAUACUACAGAACGGGAGAAAUUUAUUGGAGCAGGUGAAAUUGUUCCCCAGAUGGAUGAGCGGGACUUGUUUGGAAUGUAAACCGCAAAGGAAGGCCGAGAACGACACGUUCGUGAACUUCACCUUCUUCGAGGAUUUGAUGAGCAUUCAGAUGGUGAACGAUGCGAUAAUAACGAUCCAAAGGACUGCCCAUAAAUUGGCGUUCGAAGCGUGGCAGUAUCUGCAAAGGUGGAGAAAGUACAGCACUCUGUGGUCGUUCGACAAGAAUCUCGCAGCCGAGAAGUACGCGGCUACCCAGCCCACCCUCCACCAAUACGACGAGAAAUUCUCCUUCUACAGCAACAUCCUCGACGAGGUGAUGGAGAUGAACUCCAGCUACAACCUCUAUUCCAUAAGCAUCAACCUGAGCUCCCUCCUCUUCGGCAUCGAGCAACACGCGAAAGAAUGGAAACAAGUGCUAGGUAAUCACCUUCUGAUGCGGACGAUCAACGAGAUGAACGAGUUGCACGUGAUAAUGGACGAUUUAAGGGCCGAGGUCGAGCUGGUGAUCACCGGUCUGAGCCGGUUCACGUCCGUGAUGCAGGCGAUCUCGGACAUAAAGAAGAUGGCCAUCCAAGCGGAAGUUUGCUACACCACGUGCCAGGAGACCUUUCUAGCGUUUCGCAGCCACGGCAUAUCGUUUCCCGAGGACGACGAGCAAGCUGCCUACGAUCUGCAACGCGACUGGGAAUCCCUGUAUCUGGGCGCCUUGUACAGAGCCUCCACCCUCGAGAGCACCUCCGACAGAUUUUCAGGGAUGACCCAGGACCAGAUAUACGACUUCGUCAGGGAGCUCGAGGAGUUCGCCAAGGAUUUCGAGGCGCACGGGCCUGGAAGCGUGGGGGACGAUCUGGAGCUUGGAUUGGUCAAGAUGGAGGAAUACGGGAAAUUGAUCGCGAAGCACGACGAGACGCAUCGUAACCUGGUCAAUUCCGAGAUACUGUUCGACCUUCCGGCUACGGAUUACUCGGUCUUCCUGAAACUGAAGAAGGAUUACGACGGGAUGGAGCUGCUGUUCGAACUGUACAAGGAGCAGAGGGAGAUGAGGGACGUUUGGGCGCAGACCCUGUGGGUGAACCUGAACCCCCAACAGUUGAUCGAGGGCAUGGACCACUUCAUCAGGAUAUUCCGCAAACUGCCGAAAUUCGUGAAGGAGCUGAGCAUCGGGCACGCGUUGGAGGCCAACAUGAAGAGCUUCAAGAAUUCGGUCCCGCUGUUCAUCGAGUUGAAGAACGAGGCGAUGAGGGACAGACACUGGAAACAAUUGAUGACCAAGACCGGACAGUUUUUCGAUAUGGACCCGGAGAGGUUCACCCUGCAGAACAUGUUCGCGAUGGAGCUGGGAAAAUACCAGGAAAUAGCCAAGGAGAUCGUGAUGAACGCCGUGAAGGAGUUGUCCAUAGAGAAGGGUUUGAAAGACCUGGCCGAGGUGUGGAAAAUGUUGGAAUUCACCGUGGUGAAGCAUUACAAGGGCCCCGAGGAUCGCGGAUUCAUCCUGGGUCCGACGGACGAGAUGAAUCAGAUCUUGGAGGACAACAUGAUGAACGUGAACGCGAUGGCCGCGUCCCAGUUCAUCGGCCCGUUCCUCGACACCGUGCAGAAGUGGGAGUCGACCAUGCACACCAUCUCCGAGGUGCUCGAAUUGUGGCUGCAAUUGCAGAAGAGGUGGCUGUACCUCGAGGGUAUUUUCGUGGGCGGCGACAUAAGGAUGCAGCUGCCCGAGGAGGCGAAGAGGUUCGACGACAUCGACAAAUCGUUCAAGAAGAUCAUGAACGACACCUCCAAGAGGUUGAACGUGCUCGAAUGCUGCACGAUCAAGGGUCGGCACGAAGAGUUCGAGUCGAUGAUAAACGCGUUGGACAAGUGUCAGAAAUCGUUGACGGAUUACUUGAACAGCAAACGAGCGGUGUUCCCCCGAUUCACGUUCCUCAGCGACGACGAGCUGUUGAACAUCCUCGGCAGCGGCAUACCGAUCGCGAUCCAAGAGCACGUGGGCAAGAUGUUCGACAAUUUGGACAAAUUCAGGUUCGAGUUGAGCGAGACGGAGCGCGAGAUAGUGACGGCGUUGAUCUCCGCCGAGGAGGAGGUGAUGGAGUUCAGGAACGUGGUGUUGGCCGAAGGGAAUAUAGAGGAGUGGAUGGUGCUCGCGUUGGAGGAGAUGAAGAGGUCGAAUCGGUUCCUCACCAAGAAGGCGGUCUUCAAUUACGGAAAGGUGAGGAGUGGAACACGAGACGUCGCCACGUUUCUCUUCCCUUUCUCUGUCUAGGUGAGGAGGCCAAGAACGGAAUGGAUGCUCGAUUUUCAAGGGAACAUGGUCCUCUGCGCCAAUCAAAUAUGGUGGACCGCCGAGGUCGAGGACGUGUUCGUGAGAAUUUCCCACGGACAGAUGCAGGCGAUGAAGAACUAUUUGAAGCAGUUGAACAAUCAGUUGAACGAGGUGGUGACGUUGAUGGGCGCCGACACGUUGACGAACAACGACAGGAAGAAAUUCGACAUGGUGUUGACCAUCGACGUUCACAUGAGGGACAUCGUGGAAGGUUUCGUCAGGGACAGCAUCAUAGAUCCGUCCGAGUUCGAGUGGGAGAGUCAAUUACGGUUUUACUGGAUUCGCAAUCUGGACAACGUUUGGGUGCACCAAUGCACGGGCGUGUUCGAAUACGGUUACGAGUACAUGGGAUUGAACGGGAGACUCGUGGUCACGCCUUUGACGGAUAGAAUAUACUUGACCAUCACGCAAGCCCUGUCGAUGCAUCUGGGAGGCGCACCCGCGGGUCCCGCUGGGACGGGGAAAACGGAGACCACGAAAGAUUUGGCAAAAGCUCUGGGAUUAUUGUGCAUCGUGACUAAUUGCGGCGAAGGGAUGGAUUACGUGGCGAUAGGGAAGACGCUGGGCGGCCUGGCGCAGUGCGGUGUGUGGGGAUGCUUCGACGAGUUUAACCGCAUCGAUAUAUCGGUGCUGUCCGUCAUCUCCACGCAGCUUCAAACCAUACGAUCCGCUUUGAUAGCGAAAGCGUCCCGAUUCACGUUCGAGGGCGUCGAUAUAGCGCUCGACACGAAAGUUGGCAUAUUCAUCACGAUGAAUCCGGGAUACGCGGGUCGAACGGAACUUCCAGAAUCCGUGAAAGCGUUGUUCAGGCCCGUGGUGUGCAUAGUCCCGGAUAACGAGCUCAUCUGUCAGAUCAAGCUGUUCAGCUCCGGCUUCUUGACCGCCAAAGUCCUGGCCAAGAAAAUGACAGUCCUGUACAAAUUGGCGCGCGAGCAACUGAGCAAGCAGAAUCACUACGACUUCGGGUUGAGGGCGCUCAAGUCGGUGCUCAAUAUGGCCGGCCACUUGAAAAGGACUUCCGGCGACUUGUCCGAGAAUCUGGUGCUGAUGAGAGCGCUACGAGACAUGAAUCUUCCUAAAUUCAUCUUCGACGAUGUCCCGCUCUUCCUUGGAUUAAUAGCCGAUCUGUUCCCCGAGCUCGACUGUCCCAGGGUUCAUUAUCCCGAUUUUAACGACGCCGUUGACCACGUGAUACAAGAGCAAGGUUACGUGCACUUGCCCGAACAGGUCGAUAAAGUGAUUCAACUGUACGAAGUGAUGAUGACGAGGCACUCGACGAUGAUAAUCGGGCCAACAGGAGGCGGGAAAACCGUCGUAAUCGAAACGCUUUGCAAAGCGCAAACUCGGCUCGGCAUGCCUACCAAACUCUACACCUUGAACCCGAAGGCGUGUACCGUGAACGAGUUGUACGGCGUGUUGGAUCCGGAUACGCGCGACUGGACGGACGGCCUGUUGAGCAAAAUUUUUCGAGAGGUGAACAAACCGUUGGACGACAAGAACAAGAGCGAGAAGAGAUACAUUCUGUUCGACGGUGACGUGGACGCCCUCUGGAUCGAGAAUAUGAAUUCCGUGAUGGAUGACAACAAAUUACUCACUCUGGCCAAUCAAGAGAGAAUCAGAAUGCUGAGCCAUUGCAGCCUAUUGUUCGAGGUAGGCGACCUGCAGUACGCUUCGCCGGCCACCGUGUCCAGGGCAGGUAUGGUGUACGUGGAUCCGAAGAAUCUGGGCUAUCACCCUUACAUGAACAAAUGGAUACGUAGUAAGAGCGAAUCGGAUCAGGAGACGUUGACCGCGAUGUUCGAGAAAUACGUGGAUGGAGCGAUUACGUACAUUAUAGAUGGAUUGUUCGGAUUGCAGCAGCUCAAACCGCUUAAGAUGAUUAUACCGCAAACCGGAUUGAACAUGGUAGUUCAACUUUGCUACGUGUUCGAUGCCCUUCUCGUGGUUUUGGAUACUGAAUUGGCCUCUCUUCUCAAAAUCGAGGUAGAGGAAGAAAUAAAAAUGGAACCACAAUACACUAGGCAGGAAUGUUUCGAAGCGAUGUACAUUCAAGCUCUGUACUGGUCCUUGGGAGCCUCCCUGGUCGUAGAAAAUAGACCCGAGUUCGACGAUUAUAUAAAGAAAACUUGCGGUUUCAUGCUUGUCCAGGACACCAUUGAAAAACCAGCUACUGUGCGAUACAUUCCCGUGACGAAUAAAUUGUUGUACGAUUACUUUUUGGACUUGAAACAAAAUAUCUGGGUCCCAUGGACGUUAAAGGUUCCCGAAUAUGUACACGACAGGAAGAAACAUUUUUCCGACAUCCUAGUUCCUACUAUGGACACUUUGAGAACUACGUGGUUCGUUCAAAUAAUGAACGAACGAGAACGACCAGCACUUUUGGUCGGAGAGACCGGUACCUCGAAGACUGCUAUCAUUCACGAGUUUCUUCGACACUUGAGCGCUGAAAAAUAUAAUCAACUCAUGAUAAAUUUCUCGUCGAGAACGACUUCGAUGGACGUGCAAAGAAAUAUAGAGGCUGCCGUGGAGAAAAGAACGAGAGAAACUUACGGGCCACCUCCUGGUAAAAAACUGUUGAUCUUUAUCGACGACAUGAACAUGCCAUUGGUGGACACUUAUGGCACUCAGCAGCCAAUCGCUUUUCUCAAAUUCUUAUUCGAAAAAGGUGGCUUUUACGAUCGUGGAAAGGAUCUUUCCUUGAUGUACAUGAAAGACAUGUGUUAUUUGGCUGCAAUGGGAAAACCGGGUGGAGGAAGGAACGAGGUGGAUCCAAGAUUCGUCUCCAUGUUCUCCAUCUAUAACGUCGUAUUUCCCGCGGACGAGACCCUCGAUUACAUCUACACGAGUAUUCUGGUCGGACAUCUGCAGAUAUUUUCAGAGGAAGUGCGAGAAAUCGCGGUGACUUUAGUGCAAAUUACUUUGCAACUUUAUAAGAUAGUUUUGGCUGAGCUAUUACCAACACCGAACAGAUUCCAUUAUAUUUUCAACAUGCGAGAUUUGUCGAGGAUCAUGGCGGGUCUUCUUCAAUCCCAUCCCGAUUAUUUGCCAACGGUGAAACAGAUCGUUAGACUUUGGAGAAACGAGUUCAUCAGAAUUAUAUGCGAUCGUUUGAUAAACGAAAACGAUACGAAAAUUGUAACCGAUCAUAUACAGAAAAAGAUCGAAGAAUAUUGGGAAGAGGAUCGUAAAGUGAUAGAAUACGCGAUGAGGGAUCCGUUGCUGUUCGGUGAUUUUCGAAACGCGAUUAACGAGGACGAGCCAAGAUUCUACGAAGAUCUGUUGGAUUACGAAGCUGUCUACAGUUUGUUCUUGGAGAUUUACGAGGAUUACAAUGAAAGAAACGUGAGCAAAUUGCACAUGGUCCUUUUCAACGACGCGCUCGAGCAUCUGACCAGGAUACAUCGUGCCCUCAGGAUGCACAAAGGCCACGUUCUGGUGAUCGGUAUAGGCGGAAGUGGAAAGAAGUCGGUGAUCAAAUUGGCAGCGUACGCGGCAGGUUUUCGAACAUUUCAAAUUAGCCUCGCUCGAGGCUACAACGAGCCCGCGUUUCGCGAGGACAUGAAGAAUUUGUACAACAUUGUUGGCGUGGACAACAAAAAGAUCGUGUUUUUAUUCACCUCCGCUCACAUUAUCGAUGAAAGUUUCUUGGAGCUGGUGAACAACAUGUUGCUGACUGGAGUGGUACCGGCUUUGUUCACGGACGAGGAGAAGGACGAAAUAAUUCAUUCUUGCAGGAAUCAAGCGGUAGAGGCUGGCUUUGGCGUCACCAAAGAAAACGUGUGGUUGUAUUUCGUGAAAACGAGCCUUCAAAAUUUACGAAUAGCACUUUCGAUGAGUCCGUCGGGAGAUUUGUUAAGGACAAGGUGUCGAAGUUAUCCCGGCCUGGUUAGCAGUACUACCAUAGACUGGAUGUUCCCUUGGCCCGAGCAAGCAUUGGUUUCCGUGGCUAAUGUCACUCUUAGCGAUAAUCCAAACGUACCGGAAAGUUUCAGAGAUGUUAUAGUGGAACACAUGGUGCUCACCCAUAGAUCCGUGUGCGAGUACACACUGGAUUUUCAAUUAAAAUUGCGGCGAAGAAACUACGUGACGCCUAAACAUUACCUGGAUUUUAUAAAUGUCUUUCUAAACCUUUUGGUGGAAACGAAGAAUUACAUAAAUUCGCAAUGCAAUCGACUUUCCGGAGGUCUGCAAAAGAUCGCCGAGGCUUCGAUGACUUUGAACGAGUUAAACGAGAUUCUAGCCGUGCAAAGAGUAAAAGUAGCCGACCAGACGAGGAAUUGCGAGCAAUUGUUGGCUUCUAUAGGAGAAAGUACGGAUAUCGCGAUGGAGAAAAAGCAGUUCAGCGAGAAGGAGAGGCAGGCGAUAGAAGUACAGAGAAAGAUCAUUACCAAGGAAGAGACUGAAGCCAAAGAGGCGUUGGCCGAAGCGCAACCUGCCCUGGACGCGGCCCGAUUGGCCCUUGGAGAACUCGAUAAAGCGGACAUCACCGAGAUAAGAUCGUUUGCAACGCCGCCUGAACCCGUACAGAUCGUCUCGGAAUGCGUGGCGAUUCUACGAGGCGUGAAAGAAAUCUCUUGGAAGAGUGCGAAAGGAAUGAUGAGCGAUCCAGCGUUUCUGAGACAAUUGCAAGAGAUGAAUUGCGACAAGAUCACUUUGAAGCAGCAGCAAGCUGUUAAAGCGCAUCUGAAGAAGACCACGAAAUUGGAUCAGAUGCAAUACAUCAGCAAAGCAGGAUACGGCUUGUACAGAUUCGUGCUCGCUGUGCUGGACUACUGUGCCGUUUUCAGAGAGGUUAAACCAAAGAUAGACCGAGUUAAGGAAUUGGAGGCCGAGUCGGAACGAGCUCGAAAAGCUUUGGAAAAGGAGGAACGAGAAUUACGAAGGCUGGAAAAAACCAUCACAGAGUUAAACGCGAAAUACGAGAAAGCUAUGGAGGAAAGGCAAAAGUUGCAGGAGGAGACCGAUCUGCUUCAGAGACGUUUGAUAGCCGCUGAUAAGUUGAUCAGCGGAUUGUCCUCCGAAAACGAGCGAUGGAAAAAAGAUUUGGAGGACCUGAAAAUUCAGAUAGAGAAGAUCAUUGGAAAUUGUCUUCUCUCCGCUGGAUUUCUCGCUUAUUGCGGUCCAUUCUCGUACGAGUAUAGAAAUCACAUGGUAUACGAGGAUUGGUGGAACAGUAUAGUGAGUAAGGAGAUCCCUUUCAUGGAUACGUACAAGAUUCAAACGGAACUGACUAACGACGUUGAAAUUAGCAAAUGGACAUCCGAGGGUCUACCACCGGACGAGCUCUCCGUGCAAAACGGAAUUCUAACCUUGAGGGCAUCGAGAUUCCCCGUCUGCAUCGAUCCUCAGCAACAAGCUCUGAAUUGGAUCAAAAAGAAGGAGCACAAGCAUUUGAAGAUUCUAUCGUUUACCGAUCCAGAUUUCUUGAAACAGGUGGAACUGGCGAUAAAAUAUGGUCUACCGGUUCUCUUCCAGGACGUCGAUGAAAUUGAUCCAGUGUUGGAUAAUGUCCUGUCCAAGAAUAUACAGAUUAUAGGAGGUAGAUCGUUCGUCCUUCUCGGUGAUAAAGAAGUGGAUUACGACCCGAAAUUUCGAAUGUACCUUACCACCAAGAUGUCGAAUCCUAUAUUCGAUCCUGCUGUAUACUCCAAGGCCACAGUGAUCAAUUACAUGGUGACGUUAGGGGGGUUGGAAGACCAAUUAUUGUCGGUGGUCGUUCGAACAGAGAGGCCAGACAUCGAGGAGCAACGCGAAUCUCUGAUCGCCGAGACCAGCGAGAACAAGAAUCUUCUCCAGCAACUGGAAGACAGUUUACUUCUGGAAAUAGCAACGAACACGGGAAACAUGCUGGAUAAUAUCGAGCUGAUCGAAACUUUGGAAAAUACGAAAGCCAGCGCCGAGGAGGUGAUGAGAAAAUUGUAUCUCGCCGAAGUUACAGCCAUUGACGUGAACAAGCUUCGAGAUGGUUAUCGAUCGGUAGCUCAAAGAGGAGCGAUACUCUUCUUUGUUCUGGCGGAUAUGGCCACGGUUAACUCGAUGUAUCAAUACUCUUUGAUCAGUUACGUGGAGGUGUUUAUUUAUUCGUUGAGAAAAGCACUUCCGGAUCCGACGUUGCAACGUCGUCUGCAGAAUAUCAUCCCAAUGUUAACGAAAAAUGUUUACGAUUACGGGUGCACGGGAAUCUUCGAGAAGCAUAAAUUACUGUUCUCGUUCCAAAUUUGCACAAAGUUGGAACAAAGUAUAAACAACAUGACCCAACAACAAUUGGAAUUUUUCAUCAAAGGAUGUAUCAGUUUGGAGAAGGCGCCUAAGGUUAAUCCCACGGAAUGGUUGCCAGCUUCUGGAUGGGCCGAUUUGCUGAAACUGAGUACCGAUUUCUCGGAAAAGUUUGGAAAUAUCGCUGAUGAACUCGGUACGCAUACGGAUCAAUGGCAAAUAUGGUACGAUAUGGAUUCCCCGGAAUCCGUGGAAUUUCCCCUAGAUUAUUCCAAAAAGUUAAAUCCUUUCGAGAAACUCAUGUUGAUGAGAUGUUUUCGCGUCGAUCGAGUUUAUCGAAGCAUCGUCAAUUACAUCACCGAGAUCAUGGGAGAAGAAUACAUUACCCCUCCGCACAUCAGUUUCGAGUUAAUCUUCGAACAGAGCACACCCACGAUGCCUAUCGUUUUCAUCCUAAGCCCUGGAUCCGAUCCAACCUCGGAACUAAUGAAAUUGGCGGACAAAUACGGCUGUGGCGGUGGAAGAUUUAAAUAUUUGUCCCUUGGCCAGGGCCAGGAAAUUACCGCAAAAGAGUUGCUGGAGGGUGCUGUUGCUAGAGGACAAUGGCUCAUGCUGCAAAACUGCCAUCUACUCUUGAGUUUCACCAAAGAUUUGGAAAAAUUGUUGGAAAACAUCGGAAAGCCUCAUCCAGAUUUUCGUUUGUGGCUCACUACCGAUCCAACUCCCAAUUUUCCUAUUGGAAUACUGCAACAAUCUUUGAAAGUGGUCACGGAACCACCCAGUGGAUUGAAGUUGAAUCUCGAAAGUACCUAUUUAAAAAUGAGACCGCAAGUGCUGGAAAGUUGCACUCAUCCCGCUUACAAACAUAUAAUUUACGUGUUGGCUUUCUAUCACGCGGUCGUUCAAGAGAGAAGGAGGUACGAUAAGAUUGGCUGGAACAUAAAUUACGAUUUCAAUGAGUCGGAUUUCAACGUGUGCACCAUUAUUCUGGACACAUAUUUAACCAAAGCGAUUCAAACGAAUGAUACCAAACUUCCUUGGAACAGCUUAAAGUAUUUGAUCGGUGAAGUAAUGUACGGUGGACGAGUAAUAGAUUGCUACGAUCGUCGAGUAUCCGAGACUUAUAUGGACGAAUAUUUUGGAGACUUCCUUUUCGACAGCUUUCAGCCUUUCCAUUUUUACGUGGACGAAGAAUUCGAUUACGUGAUACCACCAGAAGGGGAUCGUGAUGAUUAUCUUGAAUAUAUCGAUCAAUUGCCGCUUGUCAAUACUCCGGACGUGUUUGGAUUGCAUCCAAAUGCCGAAAUUGGUUAUUUCACUCAAGCCGCGAAAGAAAUGUGGAUCAAUCUUAUAGAACUGCAGCCCCAAACUGAAGUUAGUGCGACUGGAAUAAGCAAAGACGAAUUUAUCGAUAAUCUUGCGAAAGAUAUAUUGGAUAAAAUCCCUGUCGAGUAUGACAUUAAUAAAGUGAGAAAAAGUUUUGGACCAACCGUAACGCCAACCUCGAUCGUUCUUCUUCAAGAAUUGGAGAGAUUUAAUAAACUGAUCAGCAUGAUGAAAAGAUCAUUGAUUCAACUGAGGAAAGCUAUCGCUGGAGAAAUCGGAAUGGAUAUGACUCUUGAAAAUAUAGCCACAGCGUUAUAUAAUGGUGUACUACCAAGCCAAUGGGCCAUGUUAGCACCAGAUACAAAGAAAACAUUGGCUGGAUGGAUAGAACACUUUGAGAAGAGGAUACAACAAUACAAUAGUUGGGCUGCUACGGGCGAACCUAUAGUUCUUUGGUUAGCUGGCCUGCACAUCCCAGAGACUUACUUGGCAGCCCUUGUGCAAAUGGCCUGCCACAGAAACAAUUGGUCUUUGGAUCGUUCUCUCAUCUAUACAGCAGUGUCCAAAUUCACCAAACCCGAAUAUAUAGAAGAUAAACCUGAUCAGGGUUGUUACGUAAGUGGAUUAUAUUUGGAAGGAGCCAGAUGGGAUUUAAAUGAACAAUGUCUGAAAAGAUCGCUUCCAAAAAUCUUGAUAGAAGAAUUACCGAUAUUAAUCAUCAUUCCAAUCGAGGCUCAUAGACUCAGGCUUCAGAAUACUUUUAGAACACCAGUAUAUACCACGUCUAAUAGAAGAAAUGCUAUGGGAGUAGGUUUAGUUUUUGAAGCAAAUCUCGCCACAGCGGAACACAUCUCUCAUUGGGUGUUGCAAGGAGUUUGUUUGAUAUUAAAUACCGAUUAAACGCGAUUAGGAUUACAGUGAUAUUAAUUACUUUUUUUUACAAUGAAACAAUAUAAAGACGUCAUGUACAGUAGACAUCCUUCUAAUAAUAUUUAAAAAAAUCUUUCUAAAAAUAUCCCCCAUUGUAUUACAUUUAUCCAAUUUCAUAUACAACAGAAAAUAUAUACAUAUAUAAUACAUAUA